AGCUGCUUGGCGCCAUCUUGGCUCAAUGAGAUUGGAAGCUUUUCGCGGGGAAUGUUGGCCGGCAGCCUGGGGAUUCGUGGGGAUUGUUCUCAAUGCAUCAGGUGGGCUGGGCACAUUACUUCCCAAUCGUGACGGCGCCAUGGACGGGAGUGAAAUCGCUGCCAUCAUGUAUAAAGAGGUGUCGCUGGGAGUGUAAUCAUGAUGUCGUUGCGUGACUUAAAUAGAGCAUUAUUUUCGUCCGCUUUCAAAACAGCCCAUCUGACUUUUCCCUUUUUUUCUUUUUCUUUUUCGUUCUCUUUCAUCGAGGAGUACCUGGCAACAUGAGCACCACGAACGAGCCAGCAGAACCCAUCCCCAAUGGCAUUCUAGCCACAGCGAAGCAAGCAUGGGGCGAUCUGUUCAAGUGGAAGCAACGGGUCGUGGUGACCAACGAGUACGGUGAGACUCGCACUGAAUGGCAAGAGCCCGAUCCCAUCAAGAACCCGAUCAGCCUGUUUGCUCAGCUCAGUGCCCGGGACUGGGUGUUCUUCCUGGUUGGCCUGACAGCCUGGACGGCAGAUGCGUUCGACUUCCACGCACUGUCCAUCCAACAAGUCAAACUGGCCAAGUAUUACCACCGCACGAAAACCGAAAUUUCCACGGCAAUUACCCUGACGCUUCUUCUACGAAGCGUUGGUGCUGCCUUCUUUGGUCUAGCUGGCGACAAGUUCGGUCGGAAAUGGCCCAUGGUGUUGAACAUGAUUGUACUGGGAGUGCUGCAGAUUGCGACCAUCUACAGUAGCACGUUCCAGCAAUUCCUGGCCGUACGGAGUCUAUUUGGUCUCUUCAUGGGCGGUGUCUAUGGUAACGCCAUCGCAAUGGCGCUGGAGCAUUGCCCUGUCAAUGCUCGUGGGCUUAUGUCAGGCAUUCUGCAACAGGGGUAUUCCCUGGGAUAUGUUUUCGCCGCCUGUGCUAAUCUCGGCGUUGGUGGAGCCACCGAGAGUUGGAAGACAGUAUUCUGGGCUGCUGCUGGCAUCUCGAUUGGGGUGGGAAUCAUCCGCAUCUUCUUCCCGGAGUCCAAACAGUUCCUCGAAGCAAAGAAGGCCGGCAAGAAGUCCAUGAGCGCAGGGGCAUUCUGGCAAGAAACCAGACACAUGCUGGCACAAGAGUGGAAGAUGUGUGUGUAUGCCAUCAUUCUCAUGACCUGGUUCAACUACUACUCCCACACCUCGCAAGACUCUUACACCACGUUCAUGUUGACGCAAAAGGGAAUGGAAAAUACCGGUGCCUCCCGCGCAUCCAUUCUCAUGAAGACCGGCGCCUGCGUCGGUGGCACCAUCAUCGGAUACCUGUCCCAGUUCUUCGGCCGCCGACGCGCCAUCAUCGUCUCGGCCUUGAUCUCCGGCAUUCUCAUCCCGGCCUGGAUCCUGCCAGAGGGUGAACGCGCCUUGAGCGCAACUGGAUUCUUCAUGCAGUUUUUCGUCCAGGGCGCAUGGGGCGUCAUCCCAAUUCACCUGAAUGAGCUCUCCCCACCGGCCUUCCGGUCCUCCUUCCCUGGAAUCACCUACCAAGUCGGCAACAUGAUCUCGUCCCCCUCCGCCCAGAUCGUCAAUGCCAUCGCCGAAAAGACCUUCAUCAUUGGUUCGAAGGGUACACCGGCGCCCGCCUACGGGCCAACCAUGGGCGUCGCUACGGCCAUUAUCGCGACUGGAAUCAUGGUCACGACUGCGUUCGGUCCCGAGAAGCGCGGCCGCAGAUUCGAGACUGCUGUUGCGGGCGUGGAGGAGUCUGCAUCGCAGAAGGUCCUCGAUGUGGAGAAGGCUGAUGUGUCGGAACACAAGCCUACAGAGGAGACGGUCGAGCGGGUAGAGAAGGUCGAGAAGAUUUGAACUUGAUGUUUUACACUACGAUGAGCGAUACCCCAUCUAUGAGUAAAGGAUAAAUACGAUGCUAUAGCUUAGAUGCAUCGUUUACAAUUCCUUUUAC